GCCUCCGCUUUCGGCUUCUUCCAUUUCUUUCCAUCGGAAGGAACCAGAGUCCAGAGCAAAGAGCGAGAGAAGCCGAAAAUGUCGAAGCGAGGGCGCGGAGGAUCCGCGGGUAACAAGUUCAGGAUGUCGCUGGGUCUGCCGGUGGCGGCGACGGUGAACUGCGCCGACAACACCGGAGCUAAGAAUCUGUACAUCAUAUCAGUGAAGGGGAUCAAGGGUCGCCUGAACAGGCUUCCCUCCGCCUGCGUCGGAGAUAUGGUGAUGGCUACUGUUAAGAAGGGAAAGCCGGAGCUCCGUAAGAAGGUCAUGCCAGCUGUCAUUGUUCGUCAGCGCAAGCCAUGGCGCCGAAAGGACGGUGUUUUCAUGUACUUCGAAGAUAAUGCUGGGGUCAUUGUGAAUCCCAAGGGUGAAAUGAAAGGUUCUGCCAUCACCGGCCCGAUCGGAAAGGAGUGUGCGGAUCUCUGGCCCAGGAUUGCUAGUGCUGCUAAUGCUAUUGUUUAGAAGUUAUAUUUUCGACUAGUUGAAAUUUUGUUCUUGUUUCUCAGUUUGCUAUAUAUCGACUUUUUGUUUUUGGGGAUUUUUAAGAUAACUUUUCGUUUAUCAUAUUUGGAUUGAUUAAUAUUAUUAUGUGUUGUAGAC